CGUGAACUUAACAGACGUUGCAUUAUUCCCCGAAGAGCUAUUAGUUGCUCUUGAUGUUACAAGUCUGACCCAGGUCGAAUUUUCUAGAAAAGUAUAUCCGUGCGUGUGAGGAUUGCAACUGCCUGAAGCGCGUUCUAAGCUCCAUCAGAAAGACGUUAAUCUGGUUGAAACAAAAUUGGAAGUCAAGGGAAAAUGUAUUGGGAAAUCUAUGAUGCAUGGAAUAUGUCUGAUAGGUGCAUAGAACUACCGAGGUUGAGAUCAUGUUUGAAGUUCUACAGAACCUACCAUGCACCUAGGAAUAGAAAGGAUAGUGACAUGUCGUACAGUGGUGGACCUAGGAUGUUUUCACCACUAACAAGAACUGGACGUGGUCAGGCAGCAUGGUCUAGCAACGAUGAUAAAAAGAACAACAAUUUUGUGGACCUCGGAAAUUCUUCACCUUAUUUCUCUCAAGACAUCGAAAAAGUUGCGUGUACAUGUAGACCUGUCAAAGAUCAACAAACAACCAGUAACAGGGAAAGUGACGAGGACCAAGCAGCGUUAACCCAACUCAAAUGAUCAAUGAAUAUUUUGUAAAGGUACAAUAAACAAAAGACUAAUAAAGUUGAAUGAGCAUCUCAA